GGUUCCAUGGGCUGGGCAAAGGGUGGGCUAGUGUCUUCUUGGAUUUCAGGGUCACUGAAAGACUGGGGGGGGGAGGCGGUUUGCCGGGUGAAGUGAGGGUCUACAAACAGGAUGAAGCACUUGCUGCUCCUGGCAUUGAUUCCACUCACUCAAGGCGUCUCCUGUAUCACAGACCCAUGCAAGAAUGGAGGGUCCUGUCGGAGGGACUCCAAUGGAACCUUUACGUGCCUGUGCCUCCCUGGCUAUGUGGGAGACCGGUGCCAGUUUGUGGACCCCUGCAAACCUGAGCGAUGUCAGAAUGGAGGCACCUGCUUCCUCCAGGCCCUUCAUCCCCCAGUCCCUCCUGGCUACACUUGCCUGUGCCCCGCCGGAUUCACUGGGGAGCAGUGCCAGGGAAGCCUUGAAGAUCCAUGCUUCCCUUCCCCAUGCCAACAUGGCGGAUUGUGCCAAAGGGUCUCUGAGAAACAGUACCAAUGCCUGUGUGGAUCAGGAUGGACAGGAAAGAACUGCCAGCUCAUGGACUUUUGCCCUGCCAACCCUUGCGCCAACGGCGGGACGUGUGUCAUCACUUACCCUGUCAUUGUCUGCCAGUGUCGGGCAGGCUUCGAAGGGCAUACCUGCCAACGCGAUGUCAACGAGUGCUUCGGCAACCCCAGCCCCUGCCUCAACGGGGGCACCUGCGUGAACAACAUCGGCUCCUUCCGCUGCCUCUGCCCGCCCAGUUCGUCCGGCCCGCUCUGCCAGUACCGCCUGGGGCCCUGCUCCUCGGAGGUCUGCCUCCAUGGGGGCACCUGCCACGAUGUGGACGAGCGAUACCACGGCUGCCUCUGCCUCCCAGGCUACACAGGACAAUACUGCGAAGUGAACCCAGAUGACUGUGUGGGACACCAGUGCAGCAAUGGGGGCACCUGCCAGGAUGGAGUGGGUUCGUAUUCCUGCCAUUGCCUCCCUGGCUGGACAGGGCUGUUUUGCCACCUUCACGAUGCCUGUCUUAGCGACCCAUGUCAUCCGGAUGCACACUGUGACACUGACCUUGUGACUGGCCAUGCUGUCUGCACGUGCCAGCAAGGUUACGCAGGGGCCCUGUGCUAUGAAGACAUCAACGAGUGCCAGAUGGGCGCGGACCCCUGCGAACAUGGUGGAAGCUGCCACAAUACACUCGGCUCUUUUAGCUGCCGGUGUCCCGAGGGCUACACGGGCUCCCGCUGUGAAUCCAACGUCAAUGAAUGCCUCAGCCAGCCUUGUCAUAAUGGCGCCUCCUGUCUGGACUUGCUGGGUCGCUUCCAGUGCCUCUGCCCUUCAGGUAAGCGCCAGGAAGGCUGUUUCGAGGGACCCCUGUGUGAGGUGGAGGCAGACUUGUGCCACAGCGCCCCCUGUGGCCAUGGAACCUGCAUGAACACCCCUGGAUCCUUCGCCUGUGUUUGCUCCUCAGGCUUCACUGGACCCCAGUGCAUGGAGAUUAGGGACCCCUGUGGGAACUGGCAGUGCCUCAACGGGGGCAGUUGCCAUGUCGCAGAAUCUGGGCCGCACUGCCUUUGUCUACUGGGUUGGACCGGCUGGAAUUGUGACACGGCGAUCGAUGCCUGUCAUUCCAGCCCCUGCCAUCAGGGGGCGACUUGCCUUAGCCAUCAGGGUACCUUCAGUUGCCUCUGCCCCAGCGGCUACACAGGUGCAACUUGUGAAAAAGAGGUGGAUGAAUGCGGGUCGAGCCCUUGCUUCAAUUCUGGAACCUGCCUGAACAGUCCCGGAAGGUUCCGGUGCCUUUGCCCGACGGGUUACACGGGACAGAGAUGCCAGGUCAUUCUAGACCUUUGCUCACCCAAUCCUUGUGGAAACGGGGGCCAAUGUGUCAUGAAGGGCUCUGCCCCAAAUUGCAAUUGCUCCCCGGGCUGGGCUGGGCCCCGAUGCCAAGAAAGGACAAGACAACAUGGAGAUAACUGUACAGAGCAGGCGGGUGGACCUGGUUGUCAG